AUGCAUCUUAACCAUAAAUGUUUAGACUCCUGCACCGAUCCGCUUGGAGUUGAAGAUGGAACCAUUCCUGAUAACCAACUUAAAGCAACAAGUCAAUACAACAAUGAACACAAGCCUUACCGUGCUAGACUACACUCAACAAAAGCCUGGGCAGCAAGCAGCAAUGACCUUGAUCAGUGGAUACAAGCUGAUAUUGGUGCCUUGACUGAAAUAACUGGAGUAAUCACUCAAGGCCACUUCGGUUAUGAUGAAUGGGUGACAUCAUAUAAAGUUCUUUACAGUGUUGAUGGCAGCACAUUUAACACAAUUGACACAGUGUUUACUGCAAAUACAGAUCGAGACACUGAAAUCACAAAUAUGUUCUCAACUCCUGUAAACGCUCAGUUCAUUCGUAUUCAUCCACUCACUUGGGAGGACCACAUCAGUUUGAGAUUUGAAGUUCUUGGAUGCCUAGGUAAAUGUAGAG